AUGCUUCCCCUCAGGCUCCCACUCCUCCUCGUCCUCACGUUCGUCAUCGCCCAGCCCUCCCCGUCUCCAACAUCAACGCCGCUCUCCCUUCUUCCCUAUCCGCCCUCCUCGACCCUCCCUUCCAUCCCAGCCAACUUCCUCGGCAUCUCCAUCGAGCUCUCCUCCUUCACAUCCCUGCUCGCCUCCGGCUCUCCCCUCCCCCAGCCCUUCCUCACCCACCUCGCCAAUGUCCAGUCCCGCCUGCAAGCCCCCCUCCGCCUGCGUAUAGGCGGCAACUCACUUGACUCGUCCCUCUACCUCCCUUCACAACCUUCUCUCCUCCAGGUUCUCCCCAAUGCGGAGAAGGACAACAUACCCGUCUCCGUCGGCCCCCAGUUAUUCCAGACUCUCGCCGCACUCUCCGCCUCCCUCAACAUAAGCUACACACUCGGUCUGCCCCUCUUAACGCCAAACAACACCGAUUCCUACGUCCCUCUCGCAGCAGCCGAAGCACAACUUAACGGAACACUCGAUCUCGUCCUGUUGGGGAAUGAGCCAGACCUGUAUUGGGACCAUGGGGACCGCUCGGGUUACAAGAACUAUACAGUGUCGGACUACAUGGGCGAUUUCGCGCAGGAGAUCGCAGGCAUCGGUACAGACUUCCAGGAGACAAUACUAGGCGGACCGACAGUCUGCUGCGAAUGGGAUCUCGCCUCCCUCCUCUCUUCCGGAUACCUCAACUUCACCCAGCUGAAAGCGCUCACCCUACAACAUUACCCGCAAGACAACUGUUUCGGUUCCUACGCCUUCCCGCUUCAGUACUACCUCAGCCACUCGAACGUGCAGCAGCUGAGCGCCUGGCAGGAACAGGGUGUGCUGUCUGCGAGGCAGGUGGGGAGGGAGGUCAGGAUGACAGAGUUUAACUCUGCGAGCUGUGGUGGUAUUCCGGGGAUAAGUGAUACCUUCGCAGCGACCUUGUGGGUAAUUGACUACUCCCUUCAGCUAGCGACACGAGGGUAUACGGCUGCGCACAUCCAUACCCGCGAACCGGGGGUAUCGUACAACGUCUUCUCCCCGCCUAACACUUCCUACUCCUCGUCACUGGUGUCUUCCCCUGCUGUCGGCUCGGCAGAAGCGGCAACCGCCCUGCAGCAGCUAGAGAGCGGAUGGAGCACGGGAGUCACCUACUGGCCGCUGCUCGUGCUGGCAGAAGCGCUCAACCCGCCUUCCGCCGCCAACUCCACGUCUACUAGCAGCGGACUGCCGUACACUGCCCCACUCGACCUUGGGCUGCCGGACUCAGCAGCCGGGUACGCACUGUACACCUCCCCAAGCUGGAGCUUGGCCUCCCUCGUGCUGAUCAACUACGCCUCAUCAAAUGUCUCCUACUCCCUGCCUGCGAACCUCUCUGGUUAUCUUCCCGCGUUUGGGAACUCUAGUGCAGGGCUGGGGAUGAGGAUCAAGUACCUGCUCGCGGGGGAUACGCAGAGCGUUCUGCCGGAGAUCUCCUGGGCUGGGCAGGGGAUGUCACCUGCAGGGGACGGGAGCUUGCUCGGGGGAGAAGUCGUACAAGACCAACUCUGUACGGCUGAUACUGCAGGGGCAGGUGGGUGCGUUGUGGUCGUACCAGGGCCAGGAGCGGCGUUGGUCCAGUUUGGGGCAGGCUCUGCAGGCGCUGGAGGGUCGGACACGGGGGGUGGAGGGGGAGGGGGAGGAGGGACGUUAACCCUCGGAGUUGGGGCGGGGCCGACGACGCUUGCGAGCUCUGGGCGCCGGUGGGCAGGGGAAAUGGGCACGAGUUUGGGUACUUGGGUCUUUUGGCUUUUUGUGACGGGCUUUGGGUAUUGGAUGAUCAUUGUCUGGUGA